UCUUCGUCAUUCCUCACUCCUUUGCUGACUCAUCGAUGGCCGCCGCCACAUAUUUCGCUCCCUCUAUCUCAGUUUCAUCAACCAAAACCCUAAAACAAGCUGCUGCUUUGCAGCCUCUAACUCCAUCCAGCUUAGGGUUUUUGUCAUCAUCUUCUUCCUCCGGGUCCAACGCUCUCAAAGCUGUUGGUAUGGGUGGUGCUAAUGGUGUCGGCUCAGCUUUGGGUGCUCGCAUGGUCUCCGUUCCUGCCAUCAAACCCUUAACCUCCCUCGAUUUUGACACAUCUGUCUUCAAGAAGGAGAAAGUUAAUCUCGCUGGCCAUGAUGAGUAUAUUGUUCGAGGAGGUAGAGAUCUUUUUCCCUUGCUGCCGGAAGCCUUCAAGGGGAUCAAGAAAAUCGGUGUCAUUGGCUGGGGUUCCCAGGCACCUGCACAAGCUCAGAAUUUAAGGGACUCGCUUGCUGAAGCCAAGUCUGAUAUUGUGGUUAAGAUUGGCCUGAGGAAGGGUUCUCGCUCUUUUGCGGAAGCUCGUGCAGUUGGUUUUUCUGAAGAGAAUGGAACUUUGGGUGAUAUAUAUGAAACUAUAUCCGAAAGUGAUCUUGUCAUGCUUCUGAUUUCCGAUUCUGCACAGGCUGAUAACUAUGAAAAGAUAUUUUCUCACAUGAAACCAAACAGCAUUCUUGGGCUUUCCCAUGGGUUUCUUCUUGGCCACUUGCAGUCGUUGGGGCUUGAUUUCCCCAAGAAUAUUAGCGUGAUUGCUGUUUGUCCAAAGGGGAUGGGUCCAUCUGUGAGGAGACUUUAUGUUCAAGGAAAAGAGGUCAAUGGUGCAGGAAUUAAUUCUAGUUUUGCAGUUCACCAGGAUGUUGAUGGCAGAGCCACAGAUGUUGCAUUGGGUUGGUCCGUUGCCCUUGGCUCUCCCUUUACAUUCGCUACAACUCUAGAGCAAGAAUACAGGAGUGACAUCUUUGGCGAGCGAGGUAUUCUACUUGGUGCUGUGCAUGGAAUUGUGGAGUCCUUGUUCAGAAGGUACACUGAAAAUGGAAUGGCUGAAGACCUGGCUUACAAGAACACUGUUGAAAGCAUAACAGGAAUAAUAUCAAAGACUAUUUCCACCAAGGGAAUGUUGGCAGUGUACAAUUCCUUCUCUCCUGAUGAGAAAAAGGAAUUUGAGAGAGCAUACAGUGCAUCAUAUUACCCCUGUAUGGAUAUUCUUUAUGAAUGUUAUGAAGAUGUUGCCACUGGAAGUGAGAUCCGCAGUGUUGUGCUUGCUGGCCGGCGAUUUUAUGAAAAGGAGGGUCUCCCAGCUUUCCCAAUGGGCAACAUUGACCAGACCCGGAUGUGGAAAGUCGGUGAACGUGUCCGGCAAUCACGUCCUGCAGGUGACCUCGGCCCGUUGUAUCCAUUCACUGCUGGUGUAUAUGUGGCAUUGAUGAUGGCACAGAUCGAGAUUCUGAGGAAAAAGGGCCACUCUUAUUCUGAGAUCAUCAACGAAAGUGUGAUUGAAUCAGUCGACUCUUUGAACCCAUUCAUGCAUGCCCGUGGAGUUUCUUUCAUGGUUGACAACUGUUCCACAACCGCACGAUUGGGAUCUCGGAAGUGGGCUCCUCGCUUCGACUACAUUCUCACCCAACAAGCCUUGGUUGCCAUUGACAAUGGUUCAGCCAUUAACCAAGACCUCAUCAGCAACUUCCUAUCUGACCCAGUUCAUGGAGCAAUUGAAGUAUGCGCCCAGUUGAGACCUACUGUUGACAUUUCUGUUCCAGCUGAUGCUGAUUUUGUCCGUCCAGAACUACGUCAAUCAAACAACUAAAAUGUGCCACCAACCAGAAACCCAUGAACUAGCUCGAUCGUGUUCGAUGGACUGCUGUAUGUAUCUACAAAAUAUGUACUGUUAUCCUGAUUUUCUCCGAGUUCUAGUUUCUUAAGUCUAUGAUAAAGAUUUAGCUGAGCGAGUGGUAGUAAUAAAUUGAAUGUUCCAGAAUUUUUGUGGUUGUUUUGUCAAGUUAUGUAGACUUGUGGGAUCGUGUUAGAGUUAUCAACUACUUUAUGGCAUCUAAUAUUAGUUUCAUCCUGAAUUUUACUCUA